CACAAUGUUUUCCAAACUCCCACUUAUUCUUCUCGCUACUCUUACUCUCAGUACACUUUCCACCAAUGCUACACCAUUGAAGCGAGCGGCAUGCACCAAAUACACCAUCAUUGAUACACGCGGUACAGGUGAGCCACAAGGCCCCUCUGCAGGCUUCCGCACGAUGAACAGUAAUAUUCGCUCUCAAGUCUCAGGCGGUGAUGAAUAUGAUACUGUUUAUCCAGCCGGUGCAAACCAAGAUUCUUCUCAAGGAACCCGUAAUAUCAUCAGCAAAGUGCAAUCUCUUGUAGACGCAGACGCUUCUCAUUGUGUUGUUCUUGAAGGCUAUUCGCAAGGCGCUGCAGCAACGGUAAAUGCACUUCCUCAAAUUACCGGAAAGUACUUUGAUGCAGUGAAAGCUGUUUUCCUGAUCGGAGAUCCCUUACACAAACCCAACUUAGCAUGCAAUGUUGAUCCAAACGGUGGCUCCACAACAAAGAGUGCGACCGGGAUUUCAUAUUACGGUCAAGGCGGUAUCCCAUCAAACUGGGUGGCAAAAUCUUUGGACGUUUGUGUAACGGGUGAUGGUGUCUGUUCAAAAGAAACCGGGAAUGGAAUCACAAUCCAACAUCUUUCUUACCCGAACAGCCAACCAACACAAAAUCUUGGUACCAAAUUUGUUGUUGGCAAACUUCAGGGAACUUCAUAA